AUCAUCUCUCUCUUCCUCUGUUUUAAAAUUACUCAUUUGGUUCUGUUUUGUAUGAUUUUGACAACAAAACCUCUUACAUUUCAACGCCAACUGUCUAGACAAAAGCUCGGAUUUGUCAUUUGUGUCAGGUGAAAUGGAUAGUUACUGGAGAUUGAAAAACUUGGUGUAUGAUGUGCCGGUUAGCCGACAAGGAUCGAUAUACUCAUGGACAGUAGAUCAGUUUCAGACCAGCUUAGGGAAAAACUGUGGGUCAAUGAACAUGGAUGAGUUGGUUAAGAAUAUAUCUAGUGCUGAAGAAACACAAGAGGGGUUGAAGAGACAAGGCUCAAUAAGACAACACCAACACCAAACUGUGCAAGCUGAGAAGAGAAGCUUGAUCCCAAGAGUUGCGACAAAUCCUAGUGGAGCCAUAGCAUGUUCUUCGGUUAACCCAUUUCCAAUAUUAAAUAAGAUGCAAAAUAUCGAUGGCACGUCUUCAUUACUCUCACCAUCUCCGAACAUUUUUAGUGGUAGUACUAGUACUACAAGGGGUAGGAAGAUUGAUAAUGCCAUCGCCCCAGAGAAUAAAAUCGAUGACAAAAAACUGAAAAGAAAGAUAAAGAACCGAGAAUCAGCAGCGAGAUCACGGGCUCGGAAGCAGGCUAAAACUAUGGAGCUUGAACUUGAACUUGAAAAUUUAAAGAAGAAAUACCAAGAGCUACUAAGAGAACAAGUAGAUAUGCGGAAAAUGCAAACCGAACCGGGAAUGAUUCAACUUCAAGGAAGACCGGAGAGAAAGCUGAGGAGAACGAAAUCGGACAUUAUGUGAAUCAAGAAGACUGGAGCUGGAGGAUAAUAACUUAAUAAGUUUAUCUAGUUCAUCAUGUUUUGUUUUUGCAUUUUUAUGAAUGUUGGGUAUAAUUUUAACUUUUGCCCAAACAAUUAACAUAUAAGCUAUUUUCUUAAUCAGUUUGACAUCUUGUUGGUGAAUGUCCCCAAUGAUCGAAUUCUC